GUGUUGCAUUCCAAAAACAAGUUUUACGUCAAUUACACAUUAUUAAUCUAAAACAAUCGCAAAUGUCUGAAGAUAUUCAAAUAAUUUUAAGAACGAUUGGAACACAACGUGAAGAUAGAUCAUUAAUAACAGGCAACGAAGAUAGUAUUUUAAGAAAAUAUGAUUUUCCUCUGAAAAACGUUAACGAAUUAAAUGUGGUAGAGGAAUACUUAGAGGAAAAAAACAAUACUAACAAGCUUGUAAAAGAGUUGUCAAAAAUUGGUGGAGUUACAUAUAAGCAUACUAUUAACAGAAUAAUGUUUUCAUUAUUUUCAAAUGAAGUGGCCGAAAAAUAUAGUUGGAUAGGAUUUAAAGGAAAAAAUAAGUUUUCCCUUUUACAUAUUUCUGAGGCUAUAAUAAGGGCAGUGCAAAAAACACACAGUUCAAUAACGUUGAGCGAUAUUGAAACAGUUAUAAAAGCAUGGCUUGUAAAAGCAAAGUUUAGAAAUGCCAAAAAAGCAAAAGAAAGUAAUAAGAAGCAACAAGAAGAGGCAACAAACGCAUAA